AUGGACGACAUGGCAGCAUACUACCCUACUCCGGCGGGUCUCCACAACAUUCAAUACCCCUACUACCAACCUCCUCCUCCUCCGGGGGCGGUGCCACCACCUCCUCCGGCGGUGGCCCAGCCGCAGCACCCCCUUCACCCACAGUACCACCCUCAGCAACCCCCAUAUGCUUCCUACGCUCUUCCUUCGUACCCCCAAUCUUCGUACGAUGAGGUCAGAACUCUAUUUGUCGCAGGGCUUCCCGAAGACGUUAAGCCUCGUGAAAUCUAUAAUCUCUUCCGAGAGUUCCCAGGCUACGAAUCUUCUCACCUCCGAAACCCUACGCAAAACACACAGCCAUUUGCUUUUGCUGUGUUCGUGGAUCAACAGUCAGCAAUUGCGGCAUUGCAUGCAACUAAUGGGAUGGUGUUUGACCUUGAAAAGGGUUCCACCUUAUAUAUUGAUCUUGCAAAAUCUAAUUCCAGAUCGAAACGCUCCAGAAUGGAUGAUGAAAGAUCUGGAACAGAGAAAAGAAUAAGAGGGUCUGCUGCAUUUCCAAGGGACACUUCUGAUCCUGGUGUUGGCAGCAUCCACUUGCCUGGAAUCAGUAGUUCUGCUUACAACAUGAUUGGUUAUCCACCACCUACACAAAGUCAUGGGAACUUUGAUGGGAGAGCAGCCAAUGAGACUUCCACUGCAAAGUUGAACAAAUCUUCAGCACCUUAUGUUCCGGCAAAUAAUACCCCCUGUCCGACACUAUUUGUGGCUAAUUUGGGGCCAGCCUGUUCAGAGCAAGAGCUAAUUCAAGUAUUUUCUAGGUGCCGAGGAUAUCUGAAAUUGAAGAUGCAGAGCACAUUUGGAGCUCCGGUUGCAUUUGUGGACUUUCAGGACACAGCUUCUUCGACUGAAGCACUAAGCAAUCUACAAGGCACAAUUCUCUAUUCCUCACCUCCUGGUGAGGAGGGGGGAGAGUUGCAUAUGUUUAGACACUCUCAGCAGGAAGUUAUGGGAAAUCGGAUGUCCAAGAAGUUGUGGGAAAUCGGAAGACAUCCGGAGAAAAUGGCUCAUGUUAAAAUUGGAGGAUUGGAAAUUUUUAAGUCGAGAUGA